AUGGGAAGUAGACGAAGGUUAGAAAUUCCUAUUUUCAAAGGAGAGGACACAUAUGGGUGGUACGUUCGGGUUGAGAGAUAUUUUAACCUAAACGGGGUAAGGGUGCGUGACAAGUUAGAUGCAGUUGUACUAGCCAUGGAAGACAAAGCUCUGAACUGCUCCUUUAAGAAGGGAGGAGAUGAUUAUGCUGGAUUCCAUUUUUUGAAUGGAUUAAAAGAAGAGAUUCAAGCUGAGCUCAAACUCCAUGAAAGUCAAAGCCUAGCUGAAUUAAUGGACAGGGCAUUGUCAAUUGAGGAGAAUAAUGAAGUGCUUCAUAAGAAGGGUCGCUCUUGGAGAGAUAGAGGAGGACCUUUGAGGAUUAGAGACCUUGCAGAAUUUGGGGGAUCGAAGAAGGAAGGAGAAAAAGUCAGUGUGGAGGAUAUGAAAAAUACAAGGAUAUGA